AGACACGCCCAUCGUCCAUCGAGCUCCGAGACUGGAUCGGCUCGACGACGUCGGUUCACCAUCCACGCGAGAAGGCUACGGGAGAUUGGGGGGAGUCGUCCUCCGCCGACGGUGGUAGCUCAUGGAGAGAGCGCGGUCUCCUGCCUCGAAUCUCUUGCCUUUCCUUCUCUUCAUCAUCGGGAGGGUCAGCUGUUCACUCGAGGCGACCCUCGGCGGGACCUCGCCGCCGCCCGCUACCGAUGGCCUCUGCGCUGCGCUCAUCCGCCCUUCCGGCUACCCCUGCUCUGAACACACGGUUGAGACUAAAGACGGUUAUCUUUUGUCUAUUCAACGUGUUCAACAUGGAAAAAAAACUUUAGGAGGAAUGCCUCAUCCUUCGGUUUUCCUCCAACAUGGUCUAUUUCAGGGUGGUGAUACAUGGUUUGCGAAUUCAUUUGAGCAGUCACUAGGUUUCAUCCUUGCAGAUAAUGGUUUUGAUGUUUGGGUUGGAAAUGUACGUGGCACAAGAUGGAGCCAUGGUCAUACCAGAUUAUCUGUUCAUGAGAAGGCAUUUUGGGAUUGGAGUUGGCAGGAAUUGGCACAGUAUGACUUGCAAGCUAUGAUAAGUUAUGUAUACUCUGUUACAAAUUCCAAAAUUUUCUACGUAGGCCAUUCCCAGGGAACUAUUAUGGGUUUAGCUGCCUUCACCAUGCCAGAUAUUGUUGAGAUGGUUGACGCUGCUGCUCUUCUUUGUCCUAUUUCAUAUUUAGAUCAUAUCACUUCAACUUUUGUCCUUAGAGCAGUAGCUCUUCAUCUCGAUCAGAUGCUUCUGAGCUUGGGCAUUCAUGAACUAAAUUUCCGAAGUGAUACGGGCAUUCAGAUAUUGGACUCAAUUUGUGAUGGCCACAUGGAUUGCAACAAUUUGCUGGCUUCGAUAACAGGCGAUAAUUGCUGCUUCAACUUGUCCCGCAUGGACUAUUACUUGAAAUUUGAACCUCAUCCAUCUUCAACUAAAAACCUACACCAUCUUUUCCAAAUGAUACGAAAGGGCACCUUUGCAAAAUAUGACUAUGGAUAUUGGGGUAACCUCAAGCACUAUCACCGCGUUCAUCCUCCUUCAUUCGAUCUAUCAGACAUCCCUGACUCUUUGCCAAUAUGGAUGGGAUAUGGAGGUCAUGAUGCAUUAGCCGAUAUUACUGAUGUGGAACGAACUAUCGCAGGGUUGAAAUCCAAGCCAGAGCUGCUAUAUAUCGACAACUAUGGACACAUCGACUUCAUUCUAAGUGUGAAGGCAGAAGAUGAUGUUUACAGAGAACUCAUAAGAUUCUUAAAAUCCAGAGAAAUUUAUAGCAGUUAUUGAAAUGCAAUGGAUGAUAUAUGGUGACAGAAAAGAAAAAAUCUCAAGUAAUUGUGUUAAUAUGUAUGUAAACUUACGUGGUGUAUCAGGUUAAUCAAAUUAGUGGGUAGUUAUUUGUAAUUUUACUACGAUAAAUGGAUGAUAUGAGAUGUAUUUGUAUAGGUUUUUUCUUAUAUAAAAAUGAUAUUAUAAGGGCAAUUGUUCACAAA